AUUUUUUCUGUUCAAAGACAACAAGGAUGUACUUACGUAUGAAUCUUACAACGAUUUAUUCCACGUAACUAAUUUAAGUUUUUAUAAGGAAAUAAUUAAUAUAGAAUCAGAUAAUAUAAAAAAGGAUUCAAAUAAAAGGUCACAAUGGGAAAUAAAGUACGACUUAGAAGUAAUCGAAUUAAUCUUAUCCCAGUUAAUAUCAGCUAAAAAAAAAAGAGGAAUAAAUGAAUUAGGCACCGUGUGGAAAUGGUUAGAAAUGGAAAUGGUUAGAAAUAGAAAUGGAACUCCGGAUCAUGAUGAUUUCAUUAAAGUACAAAAUAAAAUCAAUGACCUAAUUGAAAAUAAUAAUAAACAGUCUGUCGGGAGCAGCCGCAGAAAUCAAUUUAAAAUCAUUUCAAAACCAUUUAUUGUUUUCUAUUUUGGUCAGCAUCACUGACAACAACAAUGUAAACAAAAGCUUCUCAUUUAUCUAUCUGCAUGCGUGGGUGAGAUAAGCCGAGAUAAGCGACUGCGCUCGCUGAUCUCUCGGACCUGCGCACUCUCAUUUUUGCAUUUGCUUUUGAUCGCUGGUACGAAGCAGUUCGUUCGCUCUCGCUUCCAGCAAUAAAACAUACAUAUUUGAAAUCGAACCAUACUCUCGGCUUUUUCUUUUAACAUUCGCAAAAAAGGUGGCAUAAAUUAAUGCCUCCUCUAAACAUUGGUGACCCCGACGUGAUCGUGAACUUGUGUUAAAGUGAAGCAAUUAUUAAAUAUCGUUUUAAUAAUUCUAAGCGCCCCUUGCACGUGCCGCGGCAGGGCCACACACACACAAACCUUUUCGCAUCGCUUCGCACGGUAUUCGCACAUACCGACAUACAUACAUACAGUGUACAGUUAGAAUCGGCUGCUGUACAGUCUGAACCUUUUGCAUAACGGCAAGUGUUAUACAACUUCGCGCGCCAGGCAGAGGUCGUUGCCCUUUGUGUUCUAUUCCGUCAUUACCCUCAAAUUCGGUCUUUGGUUUUCGCUGGCCCAAGUGCAGGUGCAGUGCAAAUUUCGUGCGGUGACUUUCGAAUACCCUACAGACUUUAAAUAAAAACUCAAAAUGUCAACCAAACAUACGAAAAAACCUGAGCUCGCGCCUCACGCUCCAGACGGCGAGGAGUUUUAUCGGGCAAAAGCAAAUUCUAUGGUACGCCAGCUGGCUGCCCUAAAUUUAUUUCUAACAGAGGAGCAGUUGGCCAAAUUCGGUUGCGGUGCGGUUGGAUUUAAUCGAGCGCAUGUACUCUGAUUUCGAUAGCUCUCGACUUAACCUCGAACGGCUUGUGAUCGAGGAGCUGGAGUCGGAUGCGCGCUUAACCUUUACCACGGCAUAUUGUGAGACGAAAGGAAGGAUCUGCCGCCAUCUCAAUAGUGAAAAGAGAAAGUCGUUGGCAAAUUCAACUGAGCUGCAUGGCAUCCUCGGUGGCCACACUGCCGCCUUCAAGUGCAACUCGCGGCCCACCAGGCUACCGGAAUUUCAGCUUCCGGAUUUCUUCGCCAUGUUCAACACGGUAGUGGGAAAGAACGAAGACCUAACAAAGGUGGAAAAAUUCCAGCAUCUUCGUGCACGUUUGGACGGCAUAUCGCUGGAUGCAAUUCGCUCUCUAGAGCCCACGGAAAAUAAUUACGACAGGGCUUUGGAAUUAUUAACCUCGAGAUUUGAUAAUAAAUUAUUGCACUUUCAGGCUCAUGUUCGGUCUUUAUUCAGGCUACCAGGGGUGGAGAAGGGAUCCGCAAGUAGCCUGCGGCAGUUGAGCGACAAGGCAAAUUCUCAUUUGCGCGCCCUGGCUACUAUGGCCUCUACGAAGGAAAUCUAUGACGGCCUUUUAAUCCAUCUCAUCGUUUCAAAACUGGACAUUCAGACCCAGGAGAGGUGGGAAGAAGGGUUGCCUUCCAAGGAGCUGCCAAAUUGGGAUAAAUUCUCAUCGUUUUUGGAUCUUAGAUGCCGCAUGAUGGAAAAUUUGGAAUACGCUAUGGUAAACCAAGCACCUAGCAAACAGAAAACCCAGAUGAUAUUAGUGUUCUUACGCCUGCACACUUUCUCAUUGGAUCUACAUUCACCGCAAUGGAUGAGCCUGAUGUCACCCAUCUGAACAUCGACCGCUUGAGCCGGUGGCAGCGUGUAUGCCAAAUGCAGCAAACCUUCUGGCGCAAAUGGAGCGCCGACUACCUUUCGCUGCUGCAGGAGCGGACCAAAUGGCGCCUUCCUGUGAGCAACAUACAGGCAGGAAGCAUGGUCCUCAUCAAGGAGGACAACAUACCCCCUUUGCGGUGGCGCCUCGGCAGGAUCGAGAGCACCAUCUCCGGAAAGGAUGGCGUCGAACGAGUUGCAGUCAUCCGAACCGACUCUGGACUAUGCAAGCGGGCAAUGAGGAAGCUGGCGGUACUGCCCCUUGAAACCACUUCACUUGGAAGCAUGACUCUUCCAACGGGGGGAGCAUGUCGGGAGCAGCCGCAGAAAUCAAUUUAAAAUCAUUUCAAAACCAUUUAUUGUUUUCUAUUUUGGUCAGCAUCACUGACAACAACAAUGUAAACAAAAGCUUCUCAUUUAUCUAUCUGCAUGCGUGGGUGAGAUAAGCCGAGAUAAGCGACUGCGCUCGCUGAUCUCUCGGACCUGCGCACUCUCAUUUUUGCAUUCGCUUUUGAUCGCUGGUACGAAGCAGUUCGUUCGCUCUCGCUUCCAGCAAUAAAACAUACAUAUUUGAAAUCGAACCAUACUCUCGGCUUUUUCUUUUAACACCGUUCACACACCGCAUAGUUUAAAAUUCGUUAAACAUUCGCAAAAAAGGUGGCAUAAAUUAAUGCCUCCUCUAAACACAGUCUAUUAUUAAUUCCAAAUUGUUCAAAGAAAUAGAAUCUCUCUCUGA